AUGUGCCAAAACAUCAUCGACUCGACGACAUUUUCGACUGUCGACGGGCGGAUCCGUUGCUUGCAUUGCCAGCAGCAUUCAACGACGCCACUCAUGGAGAAAGAGCCGACGUUUACGGUCACGACGCCCGGUCGUGCCUCGCAUGCCUCGCCAGAAUCCAGCACCACGUCUCCGUCAAUGGUGAAGCAAGCGCCUGGCAAAGAUCACACAUCUGCGCCAGAGCCAAACCCGGCCUCUUCGCCUAUCCCUAUUCCCACACAGGUACCAGCACCAGCACCAGCACCAGCACCCAUGUCAGCAUCAGCGCCGGUAUCUUCACCAGCAUCGAUGCCAGCGUUAGCACCAGUGGAUGCUCUUACGACGGACUCUGCACAAGAUUCGGUGUCUGCAACGCCCAUGGGCCUUUCAGAUGGCGGUGUCUCUCGACGCGUGUCGAACGACUCACACACCCAGGAACGCUUAUCAGAUGUGAUCCAGUCAGAAAUCUUGCAAGCGUACUAUGCGAAUCAGACGGGCCAUUCAACGCCGUCCGUGGAAGAAAGCCGGCCGCAUCGCAUGACACCUCAGCCGACAGUAUCGAGUACGAUCAGCGAUCUCUGGUCACAUACACGCUCUGUGACAGAGUCAGAGAUCCUGCGCUCAUUGUCGAUGUACGACAGUGAGUUUGAGGCGCUUAUUUCAACGCCCGACUUUGCUGCACGCCGCAGCUCCCUCUUUGGCAGUGGCCCAUCUCGGAGCCCUAUUGCCUCACUGGGGCUGUCUAGUGCCAAAGCAUCGCCGAAUCCCGACGACGAGAAUGCGUCUUCUCAGGAUCCAUCGGUGCUAUCGCCUCGCGUACCACCAGCGCCGCCGUCGCCAUCCAACGAAGUCCUUCCUGCUGCUAUCGAUGAACUAACGCAGCUGGAGCUGCAGCGGCAUCUUGCACUUGCUGAGCUGCUUGGUAUCCAAUCAGCCGCCCAGCAGUAUGAGGCUUCUGAUGACAAGUCUGUACACAACCGCGUGAAGCUGGUGCUGUCGUCGCUGAUGGCUCAUCUCGAUACUGUCAAGUGGGAAUACCGACGGGAACUCGAGUCUCUGCUUUUGACGCGACAGUCGAUCCAACAGGAACUUAAACCCAUGCUCCAAGUGCACUCGACUCUGAUGCAGGAGUCGCAGGCCUUGGCCGAACGCAUCGAUGCUAUGACUGCUCAUCUCUCUAGUCUUGAACUCUCGGAAUCAUCAUCCUCUUUGCAACCCGUCAUGCGUACGUCACCGUCAACGUCGUCGUUGACGUCCUCCCUCCCGCUUGCACCAGCAGCAGCAGCAGCACCACCACCACCACCACUUCCACCGAGAUCUGUCUCGCCCAGUCGCACUCAGCCUUGGCAUGUGUCUGCGCCUGGCGGGGACGAUGUCCGCCAUGUCGAUGCCGAGUCACUUCCAGCGGCCGCUUCCGCAGCGGGAAGCGGCGCGGCAGCCCGUCCAGGAAGGAGUCCCCGGGGACGCACCGGCAAAACGUCAACGGACCCAGUCUCAAUCCCGAACCACGGCGCAUCUGAUCGCCCUGUUGCGUCGGACCUCUCGGUCCAUGACACGUCCCUGUCCGACUGGUCGCCUCAUGUCACUUCCCCACCCUUGCCAGCGCGGAGUCCUCGGCCCAGCUUGGAAGAGCCACGACCGCUCUUUUCCUCCUUGUCCUCUUCUGCUCGUCCAUCACCACAGCAUGAGCAGCAUGCGCCCUUCUUCGCCCCAUCCUCGGCGCCUACAUCGAGCUAUGGCGACACACCUUUGCGAACCAGCGCUGGCUCACCUGUGUCCGUCAUGUCCGUGCCGUCGUCAGCCUCUGUGCACCCUGAUCCUGAGGGAUCAGCUCAUGUGCAGCAGCCUGCUUCCCAAGAACACGCCGCACAGCGACCGUCUCACAGUCGCUCCCACUCGGCGCAAGUACAUCUCUCCAGCUCGUUAUCGUCGCACGCGCCCAAGUCAGGUGGGUCGCCCGAGCUCCCGGAGCAAGAACUGCCCACGUCACCCGAUCUGCCGCCGCUGCCGCCUGUAUCACCCAUGGCCACUGGCGAUGGGCAACUCCCCCCCGACGUAUCUGGCUCUGUAUCCAAUCAGGGCGAUCCCAGCUUGUCGUUUUCCUCCGCUCAUACAAUGGGCUCUGGCCCUUCGAGUGCGCCGUCGUCGAUAUCAUCCUACACGCCUGAAACGUACACUCCGACGGUAAAUGCGACGCCUGUGUCCGCAGCCGCGAUGGACACUUUACCGUCUGCUUCUCCCGCGCCGCCGGCCCCUUCCGCCGGCCCACAGACGGUGCGGCGCGAUGCAUCUCUUCCACCGCUGCCUUCGCCACGCAAGUUCCGCUGGAUCAAGCCACGCAUCCCUGCCGCGUCGGAACUGAACGCGCUCAGCGGGACACUCCUGCUACCUGCCCAUGAGCUUGCGCGAACGCCCAAAGGCGCCUCUUCGCCAUCAUAUGUGCUGAACAAUGCGUCGACGCCCAAGGCCGAUACGCCGCCAUACCAGGCGGGCAGGCGUGUAAAUGACGUGCAUCCUCCCGGCACCUCGUCACCUGCCGUCUCGUACAAACCCGCGCGGGAUAUGCAGCCACCUCCUGUCCCUGCACGUCGCGUUACAUCGCCUCCGCCGCAGCCAUCGGCAUCGUCUGCCGCGGCGACAACGGCGCAUCCGCCGUUGUCCUCCUCAUCUCCCUCGACCUCAGCGCUGUCAUUCUCAUCGCCACGUGUGCUGCCCAUGUCGCGACCCGGGUCGAAGAACUCCAUGAUGGGCCGGUCGCUCAUCGAGGAGGUCGAGCUGGAGGGAACCGCAGUGCCUGCGCUCGUCAGUCACUGUGUGGUUGCGAUCGAAGCGAAUGGCCUUGAGGACGAGGGUCUGUACCGCAAGUCAGGCAGCUCGCAGCAGCAGCGACAAAUCAUCCAGCUCUUUGAUAGCGGGAGUUCGUUUGAUUUAUGCGAUCUUGAUCAGUUCAACGAUGUGUCGGCCAUCGCAGGUGUGCUAAAGAGCUACUUGCGCGAGCUACCAGACCCCCUCAUUCCUUACGAAUCUCUCUCUAGCUUUGUCGAGCUGGCGGAGAAACCUGGCGCUCUUUCUAUCGCAUCGAUGCGCUCCCUUCUGAGUCAGCUUCCUGUUCCUCACUACGAGACGCUGCGCCGCUUGUGCGUGCAUCUCCGUGUCAUCCAUGAUCACAAUACAUCAACUAGGAUGACUGCACGCAAUUUGGGCAUCGUUUUUGGACGUGCGUAUCUUUUUUGUCAUGCCUAUCUCCCGCUGACCGUUCACAGCUACCAUCAUGCAUUCCAAAGAGCCAGCGAUGGAACUCAUUGA